UUGGUUAAUUUUUCACUCCAUCCCUUUAGAUGUGGAUGUGGUCGCCUAUUUGCAGAUCACGAGCCCGUUGUUCAACUCGAAGCAAAGAUCACAAAUCCUAAUAUCAACCAAGUUUCAAUUGGCCAAACCUCCGCACGACCCACUUUAAUGGCUCCGUUAUCUAUAUCAGGCUUAACUCAAACAGCAGCCACCCAAGAACGUUGGCAAGUGAAAAAACAUACUCGGGAGAUGCCUACAAAUGCUUACGGAACAGUUGAAUUCCAAGGUGGGCCACACCCCACCAAAGCACGGUAUGUCCGUCUUCAUUACGACACGCGUCCUGAGGCUGUAGUUCAUCUCCUUUUACACGAAUGGUGUCUUCGUGUGCCAUCCCUCGUCAUAUCGGCCCUUGGUGGACUGGCAAAUGCUCCUCUUCAGGCCAAGCUGCGUCGCGUUGUACAAUCUGGUCUUCUGCGAGCGGCCAAGACAACUGGCGCAUGGGUCAUCACUAACGGAUUGGACACGGGUAAAUCAAGGCUAUUGUUCUCCUGA